CUCUGCAUGUGCGUGUAUAUAAGCCACAAGCUCUCACCCAUGGCAUGAUCUCUCGCUGUUCUGUUUUCUUGUUGUUGUUGUUGUUGUUUCUACAGUCUCUCUCCGAAGGGACCCAAAAAGAACUGGAAGGGUUGGAAGCCAUUGAAGUUUUACUGAUCCCCAUUUUCAAGAACUGAAUUGGCGAGGAAAAAGAGAGCCUGAAGAGGACGACAUCUCAGGUGUCUGAAGAUUUUUGGCCUUUUUCUUCUUAACUAGGAAGCUUCCCAUUAAGGAAAAUGACCGGACCCAACUUCAUCGACGAGAUAGACUGCGGCAGCUUCUUCGACGACCUCCUCGAUUUCCCCAACGAGGACAUCGUCGAUGCCGGGCUGCCCGUCGGGAAGCCCGACUCGCUCCCGAGCAUCUGGUCGGCCCAGCCCGAGUCGCUGCCCGGCUCCGACUCGGUCUUCUCCGGCAACAGCAGCUCCAGCCUCUCCGCCGAGCUCUCCGUCCCGUACGAAGAUAUUGUGCAACUGGAAUGGCUGUCGACCUUUGUGGAGGAAUCCUUCUCGGGAGGGAGCCUCACGAUGAGCAAAGACCAGGUCUCCAAUGGCAACAACAAGGACUCGUCCCAACAAUUCCAGACCCCGAGCCCGGUCUCGGUCCUCGAGAGCAGCAGCUCCUGCUCGGCCGACAACAAGCCCGGGCCGCGCAGCCCCGAGGCCAUCAACCCGGCCAGGUGCGGCAGGGCUCGGAGCAAGCGGCCCCGGCCGGCGACGUUCAAUCCCCGCCCGGCGAUGCAACUCGUCUCCCAGCAGUCCUCGGAAGUCGCGGAGAACGAGCCCAGCUCCGAGAACUACGAAGAGUCUGAUUGCCCGCUGGUUGUCAAGGUCCCGAAGAAGCAAGCCGACGGUGCUGAGCCCAAGAAGAAAAAGAAGAUCAAGUUCACCAUGCCUUCGGCACUGCCCGCCGAGGCGGAUCAGGGCCUGCCGAUGCAGCAGGCAGUCCGCAAGUGCCUGCACUGCGAGAUAACCAAGACCCCGCAGUGGAGGGCCGGUCCACUGGGCCCAAAGACACUCUGCAAUGCGUGCGGCGUCCGAUAUAAGUCGGGCAGGCUGUUCCCGGAGUACCGGCCUGCGGCGAGCCCGACUUUCAUCCCGUCGCUGCACUCGAACUCUCACAAGAAGGUGCUCGAGAUGAGGCACAUGACCACCGAGAUAGCCGACUCCACCGGGACUGCCUCGGCAGAGACCGACUCACUGGAGUUGAUCCCAAACAUUUCGCCCCGGUUGGAUUACAUGUGAGGAUAGGGGAGGAGGAUAAGGAGAGACUUUGCUCCUGGACGAGAACUCAGAACAUCUCCAUUUUCGAUGUUGAGCCGUGCUUACUUGGUCGAUCGUUGAUCGGAAUUCUUUGCUUCGUUGGUUUUUUUUUUGUACAGGGGACGGACCAGGGCAUAAUAGAGCGAUAGAUGAUCAAUAUCAUUAGUCAUUAGAGAACUAUAAUGAGAGAUUUGGGAGAAAGGUUACUGAGAACUUGGGAGCAAAUCAAGUUUAAGAGUAGACCUUUAAUCUAGUCAUUACUAUUGGUAGGUCUUAAGGAUAAUUAGAGUAAUUGCUAUUGGAAGAAUCCUGUGUUGUUUUGAUGUUUUCCCUUUUCUGGGUUAUUCCGUCCUUGAUUUUCCUGAUCAUGGGAAACUCUUUUGCAGUUCAUUUUGUAGUGGAAAAGUUGUUAGACCAGAAGAGAAAUUUUGGGUCA